AUGUCCGAGAACUCCCAGACAUUGUUACGCCACAUUCUCGAAGCUCCAUAUCCUGGUGACUCUGCACAUUCCUACUUCUCGCCUCGGAGCCUGGAUCGUGCCAGCAGCUCUGCUGACAAGGACAACUUCAAUAAACUCAAAGCAGCUUAUGAUGCUUGUUUGAACGAGGAGACCAUCAAAAAGCUCGGUAUUGCUCCCCUGCUCGACAUUCUCAACGAGACGUCGAAGCAUUUCUCCUCUGGCGACCUCUCAUCCACAGUGUUAUACGCACUUAAGACUGGGCAAUCCACCUUGAUCUCUGCCGGAACUGGUGCAGACGACAAGGAUCCAGACACCGUAGUUGUGUCUGUCUCGGCUCCAUGGAGUGUCGGCUUGCCUGCGAAAGAGCUGUAUGAGGACGAAAAGAUCCUGAAGAAGUACGAAGCCACCGCAUCUGAGGUCUUCUCUUCCCUGCAGUCAUACGGAGCUCUGCGACAUGUCGAUACUCAUGCUCUGGUUGAGUUCGAGAAGAACAUCGCGGCUGCCACUCCAGAUGCAGAGGAUCGCAACGACGUGACUAAAUACUACAACCCCAUGUCAUUGAAGGAUGCGGAGGCUCUUGCGCCAGAGCUGAAGCUCUCGAAAGUUCUUCACGAGCUUGUGCCGUCGGAUUACAAGCCAAACCGUAUCAUUGUCAUGGCGCCACAAUACAUGAAAGACCUCAGCAGGCUGGUGUCUGACACUCCGGAAGAGACGCUCCACACAUAUUUCCUAUGGAAGACCAUCCAGUCAUACUACAGUUUCAUAGAGGCAGAUGCGGUCGUGCCCAUCGAGAGAUUUCAAAACGAGCUGUCAGGACAGGACCCAGACACGAAGCCAGAACGGUGGAGGAAGUGUGUUCGUCACGUUGACUCUGGGCUGGGCUGGAUUCUGAGCCGCUUCUUCGUGGAAAAGGCCUUCUCGGCCGAAGCCAAGGCAUUCGGUGACCAGAUCGUUACCGAUAUUAAGGAUCAGUUCAUCGAAAAGCUCAAGGUCACUGAGUGGAUGGAGAAAGAGGUUAUCGACCUAGCAAUCUCGAAGGUCCAUAAUAUUGUCCAGAAGAUUGGAUAUCCUGACAAGAGCCCUAACAUCCUCGACCCUGAGAAGUUGAAGAAUUAUUACUCCUCUGUCGAGAUCAACUCAACCACGUAUUUCGAAAAUGCUGUGUCUCUCGUUCGAAACGAAGUCAAGGAGGAAUGGGCUGCUCUCGGAAAGCCUGUUGACCGAGAGCAAUGGGACAUGACUGUGCCCACAGUCAAUGCGUACUACAAUCCCCCUGGCAAUGAAAUUGUCUUUCCAGCAGGAAUAAUGCAGUUUCCCGUCUUCGACGUGAAUGUGCCUCAAUACCUAUCCUACGGUGCUUUCGGCUCGGUCUCUGGGCACGAACUCUCCCACGCAUUCGACUCCACGGGCCGCCACUACGAUCAGAAUGGCAACUUCACGGACUGGUGGACGGAAAAGACGGUUGAGAACUUCAAAAAACGAGCCGAGUGCUUCGUCGAGCAGUACGCCAAUUUUACAGUCGAGGGCCCGGAUGGCAAGCCUCUACAUGUCAAUGGUCGAUUGACCCUGGGCGAGAACAUCGCCGAUGCUGGUGGACUCGCAGCCGCGUUCAAAGCGUGGCAAAAACGUGCGGCGGAGAACCCCAACCAAGAUCUCCCCGGGCUUGAUUUCUUCACGCAGGAGCAGCUCUUCUUUGUCAACUAUGCCAAUUGGUGGUGUGGGAAGACCAGGAAGGAAACGGCCAUCCAGAGGAUCUAUCUGGAUCCACACGCGCCGAAGUUUGCGAGGAUACUGGGCACCAUGGCCAAUUCGAAGGAUUUUAUAGAGAGUUUCCAGUGUAAGGAGAAGGAGCCGGUCUGUGAACUGUGGUGA